AUAACCACAGCAGCCCCUGUUAUCGCUGGAUUCAGCCAAAUCUCGCGAUGUUUUGCUGUGACUGAGCAUAGUGGCGACGAGAAGUGGCGUGGGCCGGAGUGAAGAGUUGUUGUCGAAGAAGAGGGAGCGGAGAGAGGCAGUAGCCGAGCCGGGGGCGUGUGACUGUUCGUGGGGUCCACAGAGGAGCACAACACGGCGUGAAUGAGAGAGGCAAGCUGGCGGAUUUCAACAUGGCAUCCGGAGAUACGCUGUACAUUGAGACAGACGGCUCGGAGAUGCCGGCCGAAAUCGUGGAGCUCCACGAGAUAGAGGUGGAGACGAUACCGGUGGAGACCAUCGAGACCACGGUGGUCGGCGGGGACGACGACGACGACGACGACGACGGGCAGCCCAUGAUAGCGCUGCAGCCGCUGGUCACGGACGACCCCAGCUCCAUCCACCACCACCAGGAGGUGAUCCUGGUGCAGACCCGGGAGGAGGUGGUCGGAGGGGACGACUCGGACCUGCACACGGACGGCGGCGGCGGGUUCGAGGACCAGAUCCUCAUCCCGGUGCCGGCUCCGGGGGUGGAGGAUGAGUACAUCGAGCAGACUCUGGUGACUGUGGCCGGGAAGAGCUCGGUGGGUCGGGUGAAACGGGGAGGCGGCACCGGUGGAAAGAAAGCGGGCAAAAAGAGCUAUUUAAGCGGCGCGGAGGCUGGAGGAAGAAAAUGGGAACAGAAGCAAGUGCAGAUAAAGACACUGGAGGGGGAGUUUUCUGUUACAAUGUGGGCAUCGGAUGACAAUAAAGACAUUGACCAUGAGUCGGUGGUGGAGGAGCAGAUCGUCGGGGAGAACUCCCCUCCGGAUUACUCUGAAUACAUGACAGGGAAGAAGCUGCCCCCUGGUGGCAUCCCGGGAAUCGACCUCUCUGACCCCAAACAGCUGGCCGAGUUUGCCAGAAUGAAGCCCAGGAAAGUCAAAGAGGACGAUGCUCCCCGGACGAUAGCUUGCCCUCAUAAAGGCUGCACAAAGAUGUUCAGGGAUAAUUCAGCCAUGAGGAAGCAUCUCCACACCCACGGACCCCGAGUGCACGUCUGCGCAGAAUGUGGCAAGGCCUUCGUGGAGAGCUCCAAGCUCAAACGCCACCAACUCGUUCACACGGGGGAGAAGCCCUUCCAGUGUACCUUUGAGGGCUGUGGGAAAAGGUUUUCUCUGGACUUCAACCUGCGCACACAUGUGCGGAUCCACACUGGAGACCGGCCCUACGUCUGCCCUUUUGACGGCUGCAAUAAGAAAUUCGCCCAAUCAACCAACCUAAAGUCUCACAUUCUCACACACGCCAAAGCCAAAAAUAACCAAUGAGAACCCGGAACGCCUGCAUCGAGCCACAAAGACGAAAAAACAAAACAGAAAAGAGCCUUCUAGCGGCACAUGUGAAACCUCUUGAAGACAGGACGAAGAGCUUGAGACUUUAAUGAUUUAUAUUAAAAAAAAAAAAUCUGACAGAUUAAAAGACUUUAAACACUGAAAUUCAGCUGGUUUUCCUGAGCCCCCUUUCUUCUGCUGUCACAUUGGAUGAGGAACGCAGUGACUAUUCCCCACAGCCCCAGCCACCAACAGUCCCUUUGUUUCUCCAGUGGCAUUCAGCUGCCAGAAGAUGGAACCCAUGGACAAACAUCAGAGACUUAUUUUUACCAGAGUGAUCACAGAAGCAGCGCUCUAUUAGUAUUUUUAUUUGUCGCAUCGCUUUUAUUUCCCUCAAGUGUGCAUAUUGUACACUUGACUCAGACUUUCUUUAGUAAGAAUUGUGAUUUUUUUUCUUUUUGUUUAUUCUCUCCUGCAUUAUGAGAUCGUACCUAUGAUACAAAAACCUGUUUCACACGUAUGAGGAGUUUAAAAAAAAAAACAGCUGUAUGUUUGCAUUUCCACACCUCCUUCGGUUGUAUUUUUCUCUAACCACAAAAUAACCUUGUAUACUUGUAUUGUAUGGCUGUAUUAAAAUUAAGUAGACAUAGAUAGAGGUGUGAUUUAAAGUGUUAACCAAUUAAACUUUUAGUCAUGAGUUGCUUUAUUUUUUCUAUGAGCUGUUGUCACACAGAUGAAUGAGUAAAAUGCUCACAGUUGAGGUAUCUGAAGCUUACAUCGAACUGACUGCGAGACCAUCACUUUCUUUGUUAGAAUGUAAUGUACAGACGUCAACCAUUACCUUUGUUGGUAUUUACACCCAUGUAUCCCAACUGCCCACAAUAAAAUGGGUCAUUCCAACUCUGUCCAACUACA